GCGAGGGCAGGGAAGUGCGAUAGAGUUUGAGCUGAGAACAUUCAGACCCCACACAGCAGGAGCCAUGCCUGGUGCUUCCAUUGCCUGCUUCCUGUGCCUGCUCGCUGUCUCCUCAGCUUGCUACAUCUCAAACUGUCCCAUUGGGGGAAAGAGGGCAGUGAUCGACUCAGCCAGCAGAAAAUGUAUGGCGUGUGGUCCUGGGCACAGGGGCCGCUGCUUUGGCUCCAGUAUUUGCUGCGGGGAGGAGCUGGGUUGUUACGUUGGUACCCUGGAGACGGAGCGCUGUCUGGAGGAGAAUUCCCUGCCGUCUCCGUGUGAGGCUGGAGGGAGAGUGUGAGGGGCCGAGGAGGGGGGGCGCUGCGCUGCACCCGGGAUCUGCU